AACUCCCUCCUCCACUCCCCGCUGCUUCUCUUGAGAAGAUGUUUACUCUUCCACCUCGCUAUGAUGACCUUGAAGCGCAAAAAAGUAGGAGUAUAAUAAUGAACAAGAAUGCUUCACAAAUAUCUACGAAUAGCGGUUUAGCUAGGGAAGAGGAAACUAAACGUUGUUGGUUUUAUCUUGACCCGAGAGGUAUUGAACACGGCCCUUGGUCGAGUAAAACUAUGCAGAAUUGGUACACUAGUAAAAGGUUUUUAAGUAAUUUACCAAUUCGACAUCAAAAAAUGAGGUAUCAUAAGACAUUAACAGAGUUGAUAUCUCAAUUUGGAGCGGAAAAACCAUUUAUAAUAGCACUAGGAUCAAUAAUUCAACAAUCACCUGCGAACUCAUUAAAAAGCCUUGACCCACCAACACCAUUAUUACCUCCAAUUUCUUUAAUAAGCGAUCCAUCAUUACCUCAAAAAGGACCACAAAAUGUAUAUUUAGUAGCACGAAGAAACUUACCAACAAUGUUGGUAGACCAAGUUGGUAGAUCUAUUGUUAGAGGUAGCGGUAUACAUUGGGAUUACAAUAAUGUUGAUACACAUGGAGAUAUAAAACAAUUUGAAAUGAUAUCAACAUCAGAUGAUGGUAGUAAAGCUGCAAUUGUGGCUAUACGUGAUAGUAGUUUUGAAGUUUUAGACAUAGCUGAUGCACUCUUAAGUACACCAUCUGAACGAGAGAAAGCAUUGCCCGGAUGGGAAGCUAAUAUGUCUCGUGAAGGUAGAAGAUUACCCUAUGUUCACAGAUUAAGGAGCACAUCAUUACCUCCAAAGUCAGCACAUAAGAGGGCUUUCUCAUCAACCACACACCUCUCUGAAAGACACAAUGGUAAUAAAAAAGUGGACCUUAGGGGAGGUCUUCAGGAUAAUUCAACCGUUAGCGUACCUGAUCUCGCAAAAAUCAAUUCCGAUGAUAAUAACAAUGACACAACUACAUCUCAGAUAAUUUACGUUGGCAAAGAAAAAGAUAAUGAAACUGUAUAUUUCCUCGAAAGUUACAAUGACGGCAGUACUGGUAUUAGUGUUGUAUCUGUACAUUAUGGCCUAUGA